GCGGCGCGGAGCGGCGGCCCCGCGCCGUGCCGGGCGGGCGGCAGCAGCCCGGCAGCGGUAGCGGGGUGGCGGCAGCGGCAGCGGCGGCGGCGUCCCCGGAGUGGAGCGGACCAUGCUGCUGGACGCCGGCCCGCAGUUCCCGGCCCUCGGUGUGGGCACCUUCGCCCGGCAUCACCACUCGGCCGCGGCGGAGAUGCAGGACCGGGAGCUGAGCCUGGCAGCGCAGAACAGCUUCGUGGACUCGGCGGCGGCGCACAUGGGCGCCUUCAAGCUCAACGCCGGCGCUCACGACCUCUCCCCCGGGCAGAGCUCGGCGUUCACCUCGCAGGCGCCCGGCUACCCCGCCGCUGCCCUGGGGCCCCACGCGGCUCAUGUCGGCUCCUACUCCGGGGCACCCUUCAACUCCACCCGGGACUUCUUGUUUCGCAGCCGUGGCUUCGGGGACUCGUCGCCGGCCGGCGGGCAGCACGGCAUCUUCGGCCCUGCGGCCGGCAGCCUGCACCACCCGCACACGGACGCUCAGAGCCACCUCCUCUUUCCAGGCAUUCACGACCAGCACGGCCCCCACGCCUCCCAAAACGUUCUCAACGGGCAGAUGCGCCUGGGCUUGCCGGGGGAGGUGUUCGCCCGGUCGGAUCAGUACCGCCAGGUCUCCAGCCCCAGGACUGACCCGUACUCGGCGGCUCAGCUGCACAACCAGUAUGGCCCCAUGAAUAUGAAUAUGGGCAUGAACAUGGCAGCUCAUCACCACCAUCACCCAGGUGCCUUUUUCCGCUACAUGCGGCAGCAGUGCAUCAAGCAAGAGCUCAUCUGCAAAUGGAUCGACCCUGAGCAGCUGAACAACCCAAAAAAAAGUUGCAAUAAAACUUUCAGCACCAUGCACGAGUUGGUCACCCACGUCUCUGUGGAGCAUGUUGGGGGACCCGAGCAGAGCAACCAUGUCUGCUACUGGGAGGAGUGUCCCCGGGAAGGCAAGCCCUUCAAAGCGAAAUACAAACUGGUCAAUCAUAUCCGAGUGCACACGGGAGAGAAACCCUUCCCCUGCCCUUUCCCCGGCUGCGGAAAAGUUUUCGCCAGAUCAGAAAACCUCAAAAUUCACAAAAGGACGCAUACAGGGGAGAAGCCCUUUCAGUGCGAGUUUGAAGGCUGCGACCGGCGCUUCGCCAACAGCAGCGACCGCAAGAAGCACAUGCACGUCCACACCUCGGACAAGCCCUACCUGUGCAAGAUGUGCGACAAGUCCUACACCCACCCCAGCUCCCUGCGGAAGCACAUGAAGGUGCACGAGUCGUCCCCGCAAGGCUCCGAAUCCUCCCCAGCCGCCAGCUCCGGCUACGAGUCCUCCACCCCCCCGGGGCUGGUGUCCCCCAGCGCCGAGUCGCAGAGCACCAGCAACCUCUCCCCGGCUGCGGCGGCAGCGGCGGCGGCAGCGGCGGCGGCUGUGUCCGCCGUGCACCGGGGAGGUGGCAGCGGCAGCGGUGGAGGCGGCGGCGGCGGCCACAGCGGCCUCUCCUCCAACUUCAACGAGUGGUACGUGUAAGGCCCCGCCGGACUGCUCUGCACGGCCCCUCCGUGCCCUCUGCUCCCCUCCCGCCCCAGAGGCGGCUGCAGCGGCGGGCAGGAGGGAGAGAACCCGCCGGAGAUGCGCCAGGAGGUGCCACCGCACCUACUGGCAGAGACAUGACAACCGAGCAGAAUGGGGACGGGGAUCUUUAUCUUCCCACACCCCUUCUGCCUUCGGGUCUUUUUUUGUUGUUGUUGUUGUUGUUGGAUUUUUUCUUUUAUUUCUUUUCGAGAACACUUUGAACCAGAAAAAAAAAAUCUAUAAAAGUAUGUUCUGAAAAUGUAACAGAACUAGUAAAUAAAUAGAGGAAUGGAAAGAGGAGAGAGAGGGGCAGAAAACCCACCCCAUAUGCCACCAACACACCACCCAGCAAAAGCCUUCUCAAGCCGACGUAAAGAAACUCUCUCCGGAGCCUCCAGACAAAAGAUCAGAGACUCAAACCCCUCCGACCCUGCGCCUGCCCGCCCGGAGCCGUCAGCACCCUCCUGCCCCACGAACUGUGUACAUAGUGGCCCUCUCCUUCCUCCAGCGAGGUGGGAAACGAAGUUUUCCUGGAUUCUUGGUGUAUAGAAGCUUACCCCUUUUGUAAACCGCGGAUUGGUCCCCCCCCCUUUU